UGGCAAUCUCAGCUUCCCAGAAGCAGAACUAAGGAGAAUCCCGAUCAAGUUGCAACAGACACCUCGGACAUCAUUGCACAUGCAAAAGAAUAUCUGUAUUUACUGAUCAUUUGGUGUAACACCUGUACAAGGCACUUUGUUUCUAGUACAUAACUUGAGUUUCUUGCAACAGGCACUUAAUGAAGCUGUUGAAGCCUGUUCCAUUACUGUGGGAUGAAGGCUGGGCUUUCUAUCUUGUGCAAGAGGCAAGAAUUCUGCAGUCACAAAACUGUGUUUACAUUCCUGCACAAGCUUUCAGAGAGCAAGCUGGAGACAACAUUGCAGCAAAUUACCCCAUUGCCAAGAUUCCUGAUCACCGCUCAGAUGACCAUGGUAAACGUGCAAUGGAGUUUCUCAGCAAUGAUGAUGAAGCAUUUCCUCUGGAACACCAGGAGAAAAGACAGACUCAAUGCUUUGUGGAUUAAGUAAGUUCCAGACUUCAAUCACAGGACAACUAGACUAUUUGCAAGACCAAAAGACUCUUUGGAGAAGGGGUGUGGCUAUGGGAUAGAGAACGGCUGCUUAACUCUGGAGCACCUUCCUUGCCUGAAGGAAACACAGUUAAGAGAAGGAAAUGCAUCAUUUUGAAGAGGAACUAACUUGUUCCAUUUGCUAUAGUAUAUUUGAUGACCCUCGUGUACUGCCAUGUUCACAUACUUUUUGUAGAAACUGUUUGGAAAGUGUUCUUCAGUUAUCAGGUAACUUUUCCAUAUGGAGACCCUUAAGACUUCCACUGAAGUGUCCCAACUGUAGAAGCAUUGUUGAAAUUCCACCGACUGGCACAGAAUCUUUGCCUGUCAACUUUGUAUUAAAGGCUAUAAUUGAAAAGUAUCAGCAAGAGGACCAUCCAGAUGUCGCUACAUGUAGUGAACAUUAUAGACAACCUCUAAAUGUUUACUGUCUUCAAGACAAAAAACUAGUAUGUGGCCAUUGUCUUACAAUAGGAAAACACCAUGGCCAUCCCAUAGACGACCUUCAAAGUGCCUACAUGAAAGAAAAGGAAACUCCUGGCAAACUCCUUGAACAGCUGACAGAUAAACACUGGAGUGAAGUGUGUUUACUUAUUGAAAACCUGGAAGAACAUAAAGCUCAAUGUGAGAGCAUUGUCCAGGAGGAUAAAAAAACUGUGUUGCAAUAUUUCAAGAGACUCAGUGAUUUACUUGAUCAUAAAAAACAAGCUUUGCUUGCAGCUUUGGAAGAAGUGAACAUGCAAAUUGAGACAGAAUAUGAACCUCUAAUUGAAAAUAUGAAGGGCAUACGGGAAGAACAACUUGAACUGAUGUCACUGAAUACAGCCAUUCAGGAGGAGGAAUCUCCUCUCUUAUUUCUGGAGAAGGUUGAUGAUAUUCGCCAGCGUGUUAAAGCUUUGAAGGAAAAGCCGUUACCAAAUAUAAAGCCUGUUGAAAUCUACCCGCGAAUAGGGCAGGUGCUGAAAGAUGUGUGGUCCAAAAGUGAAAUCAGUCAGGUCAACAAGAUUCUCAUUCCCAAAAUAAAGCUAAUUUCAAAAGAAAAAAUAUGCAGCCAUGGCUGUGAAAAGGAGAAGAAACCACGGAAAGAAUUCUUCAGGUCCUUAAGGCCUCUGGCAGUUAUAUUCACUUCCUUAGUUGUGGCUACUAUUAUCUUUAGCCAACAUUUCUUUCCAUUUGUAAAGGAAGUAGCAUUCCCCUUUGUUAUGGAUUCCUUGGAAACAUUCUAUCAAGAUUUUAGUAAGAGGUUUCAGAUAGUGAUGGAAACCCUGUGGUAUACCUCUAAUUUUCUACUUGAAUAUCUAUACAGAAUAUUUCCUACUUCCACGUGAAUACUUCAAGUAGCAACCUGUGCUAUAUUAAGGAGCUCAUGGAUUAUUUUAAUUUUU